AUGACUUCAAAUUGCUUCUCAUUUAGUGGAUCAAUACCAAAAUGUCCAUAUACUUUUAAUAGUCUACUAAGAGGUCACUCUUCAUGGCGGAAUUUCGGUAUUUUUGGAACGUGGGAUCGGUCUGGUCAUUUUGAUCUGUUUCCUUACCUUG